GAGGUCGCCUGCAGAGCCCUGCAGCAGUUCCUUGCCGAGCCGCCCAUGGGCGCCGGCGCGGCGCUGGCCGGGCGGGCGGUGGAGGCGGGCGUCCUGGACGGGCUGCUGGCGGCCUUGUCGGCCCCGGGCGCCAGCGCGACUGCGCAGGAGCACGCCGUGAAGACCAUCCAACACAUCUGCGACACG